AUGUCUAUGAUCCUUUUUGCAUGUGUGGUACGGGUGAGAGAUGGACUGCCCCUCUCGGCCUCCACUGACUUUCACCAUACUCAAGAUUUUCUGGAAUGCAGGAGAUGGCUCAAGACAUUAGCCUUGCGGCUGGCCCAGUAUCCAGGUCGAGGUUCUGCAGAAGGACGUGACCUCAGUAUCCAUUUUUCUUCUUCGGGGGACGUGGCCUGCAUGGCAAUCUGUUCCCGCCAUUGUCCAGCAGCCAUGGCCUUCUGCUUCUUGGAGACGCUGUGGUGGGAAUUCACAGCUUCCUAUGAUACCACCUGCAUUGGCCUAGCCUCCAGGCCAUACGCCUUUCUCGAAUUUGACAGCGUCAUUCAGAAGGUGAAGUGGGAAUUUAACUAUGUAAAAUCCUCGCAGAUGGAGAACAGCUUGGAAAAAAUUCAGGAGGAACUCGAAUUCCAGCCUCCAGUAGUUCUCACACUGGAAGACACAGAUGUGGCAAAUGGGAUAAUGAAUGGUCACACACAGGUGCAUUUAGAGCCUGCUCCUCAUUUCCGGAUGGAGCCAGUGACAGCUCUGGGUAUGCUCUCCCUGAUUCUCAACAUCAUGUGUGCUGCGCUGAACCUCAUCCGUGGGAUUCACCUUGCAGAACAUUCCUUGGAGAUUGCCCAGGAAGAAAUUGGAAACAUUCUCGCUUUUCUUAUUCCUUUUGUAGCCUGCAUUUUCCAGUGUUAUUUGUACCUGUUCUACAGCCCAGCCAGGACUGUGAAGGUGGUGCUGAUGCUGCUUUUUAUUUGCCUGGGAAACAUGUACCUGCACGGGCUGAGGAACCUCUGGCAAAUCCUUUUCCACAUAGGAGUAGCUUUUCUGUCUUCACAUCAGAUACUGACAAGGCAGCUUCAGGAGAAGCAGUCUGACUGUGGAGUGUGA